UUACACGCGGCGCUGCGUGCACAACGUGACCAUCUCUCUCUUUUUACUUCCGCACUCUACCAUGAACAGGACGAGCGAGCUCUGCUAGGUGUCUGCACGAUAAAUAUCACCAGAUUUGGACAAAAUGUCGGACUCUGAUUCUGACUAUGAGUGGUCGGACAUAAGAGAACGGAUGAGUGUUCAGAAACUUUUGACCAAAAAUGACACAGUUGUUGCCCUCCGUCCAUCAGAGGAGGUGUUUGAACGAUGGAUUUCUAUCCCUAUGGAUACCAGAAAUGAAGCCUUGCAGCUGAUGGGAGUUUGUGCCUUCUGGCUUCCAAUUCUGAUGAUACGUGACGAGGCGGACCCUAUGACUCGCUAUGCUUUGCUAUUAGGUCUGGUCUCAAAUGGCAGUGAAGAAAUAAGUCUGAAGCACCUGCACAGGAUAGAAAUCCUGGAGGCAAUCCUCAGCGCUCUGGAUAAAGGAACUUUGAAAAAGGACCAAUCUAAGCAGGUUGUGUCGAUAAGCAACAUGUUGAACUUGAAUACCGUGGGGGUUUUGGAUGAUGCAUUACACUGGUUGGAGCGAACAGGAGAACCCGGCAUCCGCGCUCGCGUCCUGGAACUCGGCCAGGCGCACAUUUGCUACACGGCCGUGCAAAUCGUCUUCAAAGAGUUUGCUAACUAUAUUCAGGAAAUGGGUACCAACUUGGAAAGGACGAUGAAGUCACUGUUGGCUGGACCCACCGACAAUCUAGUAGAGAUAAGUGAAGAAAUGAAGAAGAUAGGAAAUGAAAACUUUCAGAAACAGCACUAUGACGUCGCUGAAGACUUUUAUUCCAAAGCCCUCAAAUAUAACCCCGCCAACCACAUAGUUUAUGGAAACAGAGCAUUAUGCUAUAUCCGAUGUAAGGAAUAUCUAAAAGCGGUUGGUGAUGGAAAAUGUGCCACUCUGUUAAAACCACACUGGGCAAAGGGUCACUACCGCUUCUGUGAGGCUUUGUUCAACUUGGGAGAGGUCAAAAAGGCAAUCAAAGCAAACCAUACGGCCCGGAGUCUGUGUAAAAACGACCACGUUGGAAUGAAAGAUUUGGAACAACAACAUCUGAAGUUCACUGAAUUGACGGACCCCAAAGUUGGGCAGCCUAAGAAAACCGAGAGUAAAAGACCAGAGAGCACCAACAGAGUUCACACAGUUGAGCCAAAACCACAGAUUGUAAAAAGUGUUAAAAAGAUUGAUCCUUCUCCACAGAAUAAGGUCCCAGAAGUUAAACUGGAAAAGCAACCAGUGAAAAACGAAAGGACUGCACAGGCAGAGGUCAGCACUAAAAACGCGAAACCAUCAAAAAGUGAGGUUUCUUCCAAGAAUGGUAAAGGAGCUCCCAGCAGCCCGGCAGCAAAGAAUAAACCAAAGAACAAAAUUCAGACUGAAAAUGAGAUCAAGAAAGCAGACGAUAAAGCGGCCGUGUGUAAAGAGUUGAGAUCGAUGGUGCAGGACGCACACGCUGCUCUGACCGACCUACGCAGCCGCAACGCAGAGGAGGCCUUCAGGAAGGCACUGGUCCUACUGGAAACCAGCACACCCAAGGAUCUUGGACUUUCCACGUUGGAUGUACUGUUGUUACUGUACGGCCGCGCGUCAGCUCUGACAGAAAUUGGCCAGCUUGAGGAACUCGGAGAGGCACAAAGACUUCUGCAGAAGAUCAAAUCGUUUGAGGAGAGGACGUUCCAGUGUCUGGUUUACUAUGCCAUCGGGAGGGUGUAUCUCAAAGAGAACAGGUUUGGACUCGCCCUGGAACAGUUUUCAGAUUCCCUGCAGACAGUCAGGAAUCGAAUAACACCGGGUAAACUCACCUGGCCUUUAACGAAAGAGAUCGUCAAGGAGACACAGCCGGAGUAUUUUACGGAAAUUCUGGAGCGUGCUAUAGAGUUGUGUAAAUUUCCUCCUAUUCCUAAAGCCAUUUGUCGACUUGAGAAAUGCCUCUACCCUUUGAAAGCUGAAAUCUACUUGACUGACCCAGAUUUUAAGGGCUACAUUCGAAUAUGCUGCUGUAAGAGCUGCAUUGUUGAAUACCACACCGCCUGUUGGAAGAUCCUCAAGACAUCGUUCUUUGAAAAGAAUGAAAAGGAUUUCCUGCAAGAGCCGUGUUUGACUCCAGACUGUUUGGGCCAAAUCUGUAGUAUCAGAAUCUUUUGUCCGACAGGGCUGCAAAAGUGUAGGUUUGACACUUCCAUCGCCAGACCACAGAUGCCUAAGAAGCCCAAAGUGAAUCAGAAAUGCACGAGUCUAAAGAAGUUAAAAUCAAAGGAAGAGCACAAGCUCAUGAGGAAGCAGCAUAAGCAGUCAUUUCAAGAAAAGCAGGCGAUCAACGACGAGAUCCUGCAGCAGAAAGACGACUCUGCAACUCACAGUCAGCAGAAAGCCUGGCUGCUGUACAAGGAUCGAGUUCUUCUGCAGAUCAGCCAGAACAUGGAGCUGCUGAGAGAGGAGAAGAGCCUCCACGUGUCCCUCCUGACAGACAGUCUGAAGCCCUGGCUGGAGCUGGACCUCUCCAGGGGGAACCCGAUAGCUGGGAGGAUACUGAACUGGCAGCAGGAGCCUCUGGAGACUUUGAGUCAGGUCGUCGAGCUGCUUCUGGAGCGGAAGAACCGGGUUUGGGCUCGUGUCCUUAUACAACUACUCAGUGGCUGUCUGGAUAUAAAUCCCAAACUCAGCACCUGGGCGUGCCAGCUCAACGAUGCAGGUCUGAAUGCUGCAAAAUCCUUCAUUGAACGCUACGCAGGACAGCUGGAGCAGCUUGAUUUGGCUUUUCUGCUGAACUUUGCCCCGUUGCAGGACGCUAUUAUAGAGAAGCUCGGUACUAGGCCGGAGUUUUUUUCAAGCGUUGGCUUGACAGUAACUGAAUACCUAAAACAAGCUCCAGCACAUGACAUGAGACUCUUUAUCUGGACUCUGGAGGAGCAUAGGGACGAGUAUCUCACCUGCCACCAUAUACUGGAUGACUAUUUUGAUAUCAUGGAUGGAAAUUGUUCAGUCUUAAAAAAGUCUGAUGAAAAUCAAAAUAAUUCACCUAUGAAGAGUCGAGGCCGGAAAAAGAAACGGAGAGAGCCGACGGGUGUUUUUGAUUGGUCUGGGAUGAGAGCUCCCACUCCGAGAGAUGAAUGGGAACAAGACUUUUUUGAAGAUGACUCUUUAUCAUUCCUUCACCCCAGUGAUCCGUUCAGUGUACCAAGUCACCUUCGAGAGCAAGUGGCCGAUUUUGAGAACCAGUACAACAGCACCAGACACAGAAGUCACUAUAAAAUGAUUUUGGACAACAACCCCGACCCGACAAAAGAGAGUUUGUAUGACUACUUUGCUCAGAUCUUGGAGGAGCACGGGCCGCUGGUUGCUGAGGACCCUCUGCUGGUGGGUGAACUGAGGUAUUUCCCUCACCUGGCUCGGCAGAAGAUCCAGGAGACGGGCGGCUUUGAGCCCUUCCUCCUGGAGUCCCUUCGCUUCAUAAAGAUUGGGAGGUGCAUCGGCCUGGCAAAGCAUGCCGUCUCCCUGCAGCAGGCAGUGCACGGAGCCUGCCUAGAUGACUUGGAUGUAAUAGCGGAACCUGGCUCGGACUGUCAGACUCCUUAUUUGGAUAAGGAUCAUGAAUCUGCUUUCACAAGAUAUCUGGACAGUUAUUCUUCUCCACAGACUGACGUCUAUCCCUUCCUCCCAAAUCCGUAUGUAUUCGGCCCUGAGAAUCAUCUGUUUCAGGAUCUUUCCCUUUGGAGUAUUAAUGACGGUCAAGAGCAAGCCCCUUACGUUUUACCUAAUGACUACGGGGAGCCGGAUCUGGGUGGAGGACUUUUAGAAACGUUGUCAGUGACAACCGAGGAAAACAUUUUGAAGAAACAUGCAGAAGUACAGACGUGUCAGGAGACGAUGAGGAGUGUGGCAGUGAAUACAGAGAUUCAUGAGCGUUUUGAGAGCUGCCAGGGUGACAUCAUCAUGAGGCAAAAGAAAAACAAAAAGCUGGAGCAGCAGAUCGAGAAAAUGUCGAACGGCUGCGACAAAGUCAACCUGAGACAUAAAGAAGCCGUCGCUGUCCUGGAGGAAGACAUUAAGAAGAUCACAGCCAACAUACAAGUGACCAAUAAGGAGCUGGCACUGUUCCAGCAGAAACUGGAAGAGGAGGUGAAGAAGGACCAGAAGGAGAAGAAGGCCAACCAGGAAGGACUGAAGGCCCUGAAGACGGAGAUCGAAGAGCUGAUGGAGCAACACGGGAGUCUUACCCGAAACAUCCGGGAGAAGAAAACCAGCUUUGACGCCAAGUUGAGGGAUUCCCUUGAUUUGAACAAUCAGUCAGCAGCUGAGAAGAUGAUCCUGGAGGAUGAGAUCAAGCGCUAUAAGCUCUCGUUUACCUCGGCGACCAGGAGGUCUCGGACAGCUCAGGUGUCGGUAGUGGAGAGCAGUCGUGAACAUGGUUUGUUCGGCCUCUACAGAGAGCUGACCAUCGGCAAGGCUCUGCUGACCCAACUGGACGGAGCAGCUCACAGGUACCCAACCCCAGAACUGGAAAUGACUAGAAACAACUGGAGAGCUAACGUCCAAGAAGUUGAGAAGAAAAUCUCCACUGCUAUGGCACAGUACCAGGAGCUGCUGGAUCAGGUGAAUAACGGCCAAAGACUCAGUGAGUCGCCUUCAGUCAGCGUCAACAGCCAGCUCGACCCUCCAGCUGCACCAUCUGUGGCAGCCAAAGAGUAUGCUCCUCCAUCUUCACCCUCCCAUGGCGCUGCCUCGAUCACCCCCCCGUCUGCAGCUGAAGCGGCGUCCGCUCAGCCUCCACCUCAGUACAAACCUCCGACCAGGAAUCUGGAGCCUCAUCACAACACUGUGUUUGAGAAGUCUAUGGAGCAACUGGCCAGCAUCUUCCCCGACUACACGAGGUCAGACUUGGUGAGGUUUGUAAUGGAGCUGCGUUCCUCCAGCGGUGGAAGCCUCAGCAGCAUGACGUUGCAGGAAAUGGUCGGUGGAGUGACUCAGCUGAUCCUUGACCAUCAGGAGAAGCUUAAAGCUGCCAAAUCCAACGCCAUGGGUCAUGGGAGUCAAGCUCAGUAUACCACCCCGCCUUUGGUCGUCCCGGUCUGGCAGCUCCCGGAACAAAAGAGAGAAACGCACCCCAAAGCACUGAACGUGGAGGAUCCUUGCAUCAUCUGUCACGAGGACAUGAAUCCGGGGAACAUCUGUGUGCUGGGGUGCAGACACAGCUUCCACAACGAGUGUAUAACGUCGUGGUUGAAUGAGCAGAGCACCUGUCCUACCUGCAGAGAUCCCGCAAUGCUGCCUGAAUUCCCCGCUUUGUCUGGUCGAAGACGCCAAGCUCCGUGAUAACCUGACCCUCCUUUAUCUUCCUAUCCUUCAUUUACCCACAUUUAUGCUUUUAUCUUCUUUCUUAUUUUUUAAUCACAAAUUUCAAUAUAAUCGUUAAAAUGUUCAGACUGAUGUUUGUACACUUUGAAUAAACUAAAGCAUCUUGUGUUUGAAA